GGCAACGUGCCAAAGAGGUAACCCGGCAUACACUGACCUGAAAUGUCCUGCAUUAAUAUUUAAUCUGGGUAUUUUAUACUUCUCAGAGUUCUAGGCAACUGUGGCGCUGAGAAUUUGGGGGUACAGUGCCAUGGAUGGCUUUGGGCAGGAAUGGAAAAACGAGGGUUUCCCCCAGUUUUUCUCAUUGGAGGCGCUUCCUGUGUGAAACCCAAAUCUCUCCAAAAUGCGUUCCCCGGGGUGCCCACAAAGCCACUGGGGGAGAACACUCCGGGGACAGAGCCGGUGCCCUCGGGUUCGCAGCGAGCGCUCCAAUUUGCAGCGCUGAGCACAGGCGCGUUUCCGCGCGUUCCCGGGCGCGUUCUCAGCAGCCGUACCAGCUGUCUCCCGUGCCCGCCGUGGAGUGAACCAUCAUGCCAGCCCUGGGGGGGGGGUGAAGGUGGGGGUAUGGCGGAACACUCAGGCCUGGGAGCGGGAUCCAUGAUACCUCCAGCCACUUCUACUCCCAGUUUGGAUUCAUGCACGAAGCCGACCCUCAUGGGGACUUCGGGGGCACGGUGACAGCAAGACCUACCCCCCCCUCCAGUGACAAUGGUAUUGCCCCAUUUGAGAGUUUCCCGGGCCAGCGGCGGGCCGGGCGCAGGGGGGCGGGGCGCCGCGGGAGGAGGGACAAAGGGUAGAUGUGGCCCCGCCCUCCACGGAGGUGCUGGUGGCGGCUGAUGGUCAGGAGGGUGACCAGCAGCCCGGAGGAGGAGGUGGUGGCGGAGGAAGAGGAGCGGGAGGAGCUGCACCCGCGUCCGAGAUGCCAGUGCGGGGAGACCGCGGGUUCGGACCCCGGAGGGAACUGUCAGGAUGGCUCCGCGCCCCAGGCAUGGAAGAGCUGAUAUGGGAGCAGCAUACUGUGACCCUGCAAAAGGAUUCCAAAAGAGGAUUUGGAAUUGCUGUGUCUGGAGGCAGAGACAACCCCCACUUUGAGAAUGGAGAAACAUCCAUCGUCAUUUCUGAUGUGCUCCCUGGGGGACCUGCCGAUGGCUUGCUUCAAGAAAAUGAUAGGGUAGUCAUGGUUAAUGGCACCCCCAUGGAGGAUGUACCCCAUUCGUUUGCAGUUCAGCAGCUGAGGAAAAGCGGGAAGAUCGCUGCCAUUGUGGUCAAGCGACCCCGGAAGGCCCCACUGCAUGGCAGCCCACCCCUCAGUCAUGAUGACCGGGCUUUUGAAGUCAUGGAUGAAUUUGAUGGCCGAAGUUUCCGCAGUGGGUACAGUGAGAGGAGCCACCACAGCAGCCAUGAGGGGCUCAGCCGCAGCUGGGAGGACGGCCCCGACCGGGGUCGUGCCCAGCACCGCACGCGGAGCCGGAGCCGGGGCCAGGACCGUAGCCCGGAGCGCAGCCGGGGCCGCAGCCUGGAGCGAGGCCUGGAUGACUAUGGGCGCAGCAGGGGCCGCAGCCUGGAGCGCGGCCUGGAUGAAGACUUUGGGUCAUCCCGGAAGCGGGACCCCAGCCGCGGCCGGAGCAUUGACCGGGACUACGAGCACACCUACCACCGGGCCUACGAUCCGGACUUCGAGCCCUCCUACAGCCCAGUUGCUGGCGAUCGCCGCCGGGCCCAGCCUGAGGCACGCUACGACCGCGCCCGCAGCCGCAGCCGCGAGCACCUGCGCUCACGCAGCCCCAGCCCCGAGCCCAGGGGCCGCCUGGACCCCGACAAGCCCAUCGGGGUCCUUCUGACCAAAAGCAAAGCAAAUGAAGAGUAUGGCCUCCGCCUGGGGAGUCAGAUCUUCAUCAAGGAAAUGACCAGAACGGGUCUGGCAACCAAAGAUGGCAACCUUCAUGAAGGAGACAUUAUACUCAAGAUCAAUGGAACUGUUACUGAGAACAUAUCUUUAACGGAUGCUCGGAAACUGAUAGAAAAAUCCAGAGGGAAACUUCAGUUGGUGGUGUUGAGAGACAGCAAGCAGACCCUCAUCAACAUUCCCUCACUAAAUGACAGUGACUCUGAAAUAGAAGAUAUCUCAGAGAUAGAGUCAAACCGGUCCUUUUCUCCAGAGGAAAAACGCCAGCAGUAUUCCGAUUAUGAUUAUCAUUCUUCCAGUGAGAAGCUGAAGGAAAAGCCGAGUUCAAGGGAGGAUACACCAAGCAGAUUGUCCAAGAUGGGUGCCACCCCAACCCCAUUCAAGUCUACAGGGGAUAUCACAGCUGCCGUUGUUGCAGAGAAUAACAAGGAACCCCGAUACCAAGAGGAGCCCCCAAUUCCUCAACCCAGAGCAGCCCCAAGAACUUUCCUUCGUCCUAGUCCUGAAGAUGAAGCAAUAUAUGGCCCUAACACGAAGAUGGUGAGGUUCAAGAAGGGAGAAAGCGUGGGCCUGCGGCUGGCUGGUGGCAAUGACGUGGGGAUAUUUGUGGCUGGCAUUCAGGAGGGUACCUCAGCAGAACAGGAAGGCCUUCAAGAAGGGGACCAGAUUCUGAAGGUAAACACACAGGACUUCAGAGGGCUGGUUCGGGAGGAUGCUGUUCUCUACCUGUUAGAAAUCCCCAAAGGUGAAAUGGUGACCAUCCUGGCUCAGAGCCGGGCUGAUGUGUAUAGAGACAUCCUGGCUUGUGGCAGAGGGGACUCGUUUUUUAUAAGAAGCCACUUUGAGUGUGAGAAGGAGGGUCCUCAGAGCUUGGCCUUCACUCGAGGGGAGAUCUUCCGUGUGGUGGACACCCUGUAUGAUGGCAAGCUGGGCCACUGGCUGGCCGUGAGGAUCGGAAAUGAAUUGGAGAAAGGCUUAAUCCCCAACAAAAGCAGAGCCGAACAAAUGGCAAGUGUCCAGAAUGCUCAGAGAGACAAUGCUGGGGACAGGGCAGACUUCUGGAGAAUGCGUGGCCAGAGAUCUGGGGUGAAGAAGAACCUGAGGAAGAGUCGGGAAGACUUAACCGCUAUUGUGUCUUUGAGCACCAAAUUCCCAGCCUAUGAGAGGGUGUUGCUGAGAGAAGCUGGUUUCAAGAGACCGGUGGUACUUUUUGGCCCCAUUGCUGAUAUAGCCAUGGAGAAGUUGGCAAAUGAAUUACCAGACUUCUUUCAAACUGCUAAGACGGAACCGAAAGAUGCAGGAUCUGAGAAACCUAAUGGAGUUGUUCGAUUAAAUACUGUGAGGCAAAUUAUUGAGCAGGACAAGCACGCACUCCUGGACGUGACUCCCAAAGCUGUGGACCUGCUGAAUUACACCCAGUGGUUCCCAAUUGUGAUUUUUUUCAACCCAGAUUCCAGACAUGGUGUCAAGGCCAUGAGACAGAGGUUGAAUCCAACAUCCAACAAAAGUUCCCGGAAGUUAUUUGAUCAGGCCAACAAACUCAAAAAAACUUGUGCACAUCUUUUUACAGCCACCAUCAACUUAAAUUCAGCCAAUGACAGCUGGUUUGGCAGCUUGAAGGACACCAUUGAGCAUCAGCAGGGAGAAGCAGUUUGGGUCUCUGAAGGAAAGAUGGAAGGGAUGGAUGAUGAUCCUGAAGAUCGCAUGUCCUACUUAACCGCCAUGGGCGCGGACUAUCUGAGUUGCGACAGCCGCCUCAUCAGUGACUUUGAAGACACCGACGGCGAGGGAGGCGCCUACACUGACAAUGAGCUGGACGAGCCGGCCGAGGAGCCGCUGGUGUCUUCCAUCACCCGUUCCUCUGAGCCGGUGCAGCAUGAGGAGAGCAUAAGGAAACCCAGCCCAGAGCCACGAGCUCAGAUGUGGAGGGCUGCUAGCAGAGAUCAACUUAGGGACAAUAGCCCACCUCCGGCAUUCAAGCCAGAGCCGCCCAAGGCUAAAAGUCAUAACAGAGAAGAAUCUUAUGACUUAUCCAGAUCCCAGGAAUACAAGCCAAACUUUGCAGCCAUGGCCGGGAAUGAAAUUCUCACCACAUCUACCAAAAGUUGUCCUCCCCCAGUUGCAGCAAAACCUGCCUUUGGUCGACCUAUCUUGAAGCCCUCCACUCCUGUCCCUCCCCCUGAGGGUGAGGAGGUGGAGGAGAGUAACGACGAACAAGAAAACACUCCCAAAUCAGUUCUGGGAAAAGUCAAAAUAUUUGAGAAGAUGGAUCACAAGGCCAGAUUGCAGAGAAUGCAGGAGCUCCAGGAAGCCCAGAAUGCAAGGCUGGAAAUUGCUCAGAAGCAUCCGGAUAUCUAUGCGGUUCCAAUCAAAGGGCCCAAGCCAGAAGCCGGCCUGCCCCACUACGUGAGUUCCAGACCCCCCGAGCCACAGAAAGGGCCCUCCAGGCUUUACCAUGACACCAGGGGAAGUUUCGGCAGUGAUCCAGAGGAGGAGCAGUACCGCCAGCAGCUCGCCGAGCAAACAAAACGGGGUUACUACAACUCGCCCUCCAGGUACCGAGACACCGAACUGUAGAUGGGGUAGCAUGGACGUUCUGAGCACACCUGUGGCAUCUGAUGGACACUCUGUGAGGCCUCCUGGGGGGGGACUUCUCCAGUUCAAGGGCACUGUGGAGACGUGACGGGGACCAGAUUACAGUCAGUGCAGACAGAACACACUGCAGGUUCUGUUGAUGAUACUGGGAUGGAGCAGUUUAUGACCAUGGCUUUUUUUUUUUUUGGGCAGGGGGUGGGGGGGGGAAGGAAGCUCAGAAUGAAGAACACCACCACAGUCUGAUACUGUCAUUUGUUUCUGUGGACCAAAAUCUGUAUUAAUCCUCUUUGUGCAUUUUGAAAUAUGUAUAUUAAGGAGCAAUAACUUCUUCCUCAUUCAUGGCUGCCUUCUAGGACUGUUUCACUGUGAGGCAGAUGUGAAAAAAGGAAUUAAAAAAAACCUGUUGGAGUCAAAUUAAAUUUAAAGAAGUAUUUUACAAAAUCUCUCCUAAGUGCCUUUGAUGAGAAGUGUCUUUAAAUUCUCUUCCUUUGAAGCUUUAUGCAAAGCCAUAGUGUACUAAAACUUUAUUUUGACUAAAUUUUGAUACCAGUUUUGAUAGCUGCGUUUUCCCUCCUGCACUGCAUCCUCUUUUCAAGGCAUUUGUCUUUGUAAUAUUUUCCGUAAAUUUUGAUUGUACCUAGAAGAGUUAUACUUGGUAAGUCUGGCUGCAAGUGCUAAUAAAAAGCAGACCACUAGCAGACCCAGAAGAUAGGGAGCUUUUUGUUGUUGUUUGUUUAAAACCAUGUGCUAUCCAAAAGCAGAUACUUGAGAAAAAUGUAUUUUAUUUCCACAAGUGUAUGUAUCGACAGCAGUUUUAUAAUUUAAUAAAAGGAGUACAUUGCAUUAAAUAAAUUUGCUUUGUG